AUGGAUGCUUCCGAUAAUUAUCAUGAUGAUGAAACGACCACUAUAACUGGGUACAAACAACAACUCGAACAAUGUUUAAAUGAUCGAAUACCAAAGACAGAACAAAUUAUACUUCUAUUAGACGCUGCUGAAAGUUUGAAUAAAAAAUCGUCAUUAUCAUUCUCGUCAUCCUACUAUUGGCUUCCGAAACAGUUACCAUCAAAUGUGAAAUGUAUAUUAACAAUCGAUGCAAGUGAAAUACUUGCUUUAAAUCAAUACUUUUUCGACGAUGACAGCAGUGCAAACGAACAUGAUCGUCACGAUGACGAUGAUAAUAAGGAAACAAGAAACAAAAUCGAACAAGAGUUCAACAUUGAAUUACAAAAGUUUAAUUAUACAGUAACAAAAGAAAUCUUUGGACAGUGGUUCAAAAAUGACAAAAGAAGACUUAGUGAAGAUCAGUGGUUGGACUGUUCUGAUAUCUUAAGUGGUAUUUAUAAAAUGCAUGAUUCGGUGUUUCCGCGGGAAUUGUUUCGAAACACAUACCUUUUCGAUGAAUGCCAUAGUUUGCAUUCGUAUGACGUAAUGUCCAGAACUUUUCGUCAAUUCUAUCGUAUCCCAGAAAUAAUUGAUUAUUCGCUGCAGAAGCUGUACUCGAAACAUGGUCAGGUUUUAGUACAGCGUGCCCUGCAAUAUAUAUGGCUGAAUAAUGAAAUGAAUGAAAAUGAGCUGAACGAUGUUUUGUCGCUUGAUGAUGAUGUUUUAAGUAGCGUCUACCGGUUUUUUCUUCCUUCGGAAGCCGUUUUUCGACUGCCAGGCACACUUUGGGUACGUAUUCGAAAUGAGUCGGAGCAGUAUUUAAUUGCAAGGGAUUCUGCGGGUGUUUCCACUAUUCAUUUGUAA